CUGGAAAGGCCCAGAGAUGGGAGAGAGGCAGCAAGAGUUGCUUGCUGGCCUGAGAAGAGAGUCAGAGAGAGGGAAAUCAGAAAGGCAAGACUAGGGACAAUUGGAAAAGGCUUCACUUUUCAUCUUGUCCGUUCCCUUCGUCAGCCGCCAUGAGCUCCAGCUCCAGCCACAAAAAGGGGGAGCCUGCGAUGCUCAAGCCCAGGCCUCUUGGCCUGAGAAAAGGUCUAGCAGAAAUGUACCAGGAAGAGCUGCUCUGUGAUAUCGUCCUUGUAGCCGAUGGACAGAGGUUCCCUUGCCACAGAGCAUUGCUGGCAGCCGUCAGCCCCUACUUUCAGGACAUUUUCAUCAACAGCUGGAAAGAGUCUGAUGGAAAAGAGAUUCUGGUUCAGGACGUGGCUCCGUCGAUCAUCCAAAGCAUUCUGAAAUACAUCUACACGGGGGACAUAGAGCUCACUCCCGAGCUGACCCCCUUCUUCUUCGCAGGAGCCAGCAAGCUGCAGGUUGUUCCAUUGCAAAACCUCUGCUGUAGGUUCCUUGUUACAAACCUCUCUGUGCAGAAUUGCUUUGAGAUGUAUUCCAUGGCCCAAGUGCAUAAGAGUCGGACCCUCCUUCACGAAACUGUACAGCUCCUCAUCAGGAAUUUCGACCAGGUUUUUGAGGCAGGCGGCUUCCUCCAUCUGGAAUUCAGCACGCUGCUCGCCCUGAUAUCCUCCAGUGACCUGGCUGUUGCUUCGGAGUACCAAGUCUACCAAGCUGUUCGGCGCUGGGUGCAAGGGCAUCCUAGCUUGCGCGGACCCCUUCUUGGGCAACUAGUGCAGCACGUCCGUUUCCCGCUGUUGAGCCUGGAGGAGCAGUAUGAACUUCAGAAGGACUUGGAGCAGCAGAAGGAUCUCCACCUUACGUGGAAAAUCCUGAAUGGCGAGGAGAGGUUGCGUCAGAGCAAGGGGCUGAGAAGGGGGAUGUACAAACCACACAUUGCAUUCAUCGACACCCAGUUGUGCGAGUAUCAAGAACUGGAGACCGAAGAAGCGUAUAUGGGCUGCUAUGAGCCUCUGGCUGAACAGUGGGAGAAGCUUCCUGGCCUGCCGUCCGUGACCCAUGCUUCUUGUGUUUCUGCAGGGGAUAAGAUUUAUGUCUCCGGAGGUGUCUAUCAGAGUGCUUAUUCCACCUCUGUCCAUGAGUUCAGUGCCUUCACAGGCCAGUGGCUGCAGCUCCCUUCCAUGUCUCUGGCCCGGGCAGCACAUGGCUUCCUCUUCCACAACCAGAAGCUCUAUGUCCUCGGUGGUUGGCGCAAGUUCCAAAGCUUCCUCAACUUGGCCGAGAGUUUGGACCUGGCCACAGGGAGGUGGGACACCAUUGCCAAGCUUCCAUUUUCCCUGAGCCACCCGGCUACCAGUGUCUUCCGGGACAAGCUGUACCUGCUGGGAGGUGCGACGGGCUUAUCGUCUCACUGGUUAUUUCACCGAGGGAUUCUGAUCUACGACAUCGGCUCCAGCGCAUGGACCCAGGUGCCUCUGUCUAUUGGCUUCUUUGCUGCAGGAGCUGUUGCUGGUGACCAUGGGAUCUAUGUGAUUGGGGGAUAUUCUGAGAAGAAAGCCAACCUGGGAGGGAAGCUGGCAGCUGACAACCGGCACAGCAGCCGGAGGUGCUUCUUUGUCAACGAAGCAGGCCACAUGAGCCGCAGUUUUGCCAUCCCCAGACUGCCCCGUGGGAUUGCGAACGCAGGGGUGGUCUACUGUGGCAAAAGGAUCUAUGUGCUGGGUGGGGAGGAUUUAGAACAGCGCUAUAAAGUGAUUUACCACUGGGAACCUGGAGAGCCCCGCUGGCAUCGAGGCGCAAAGGAAAUCCCAGUGCCCCGGGAAGGUAUCAGCAGGUUCGCAUGUGGGCUUCUCUUGCAACCCAAACCCCACAUCCUUCAGCUUUUCCAGGUCACCUCUCUCGUCCCGACCGCAGCUAUCUGCAAGUAGCUGAUGGCCCGGGGCAGCCUUGCAUUACCUUUAAAAUAUGUGGAAAUCACUUGGGCGCUUGUAAAUAAAUUAUAAUAAAAUUACAGAUGGCC